AUGGAUAUUAGCCAAGCUAAAUUCCGAAUAAAGAAAACCUGGAGCAUAGACAAGAAAACACCUAAGCCUAUAGUCGUCAUGUUGAGAACUGUUGUCUUUGUCGUGAACUUUGACAAUACAAAAGGAAUUGUCUUGUGUAAUGCUUGCAAAUCAAUGGUAAUAUGUGGGGAUCCAGAUAUCAUCUCUGAUUUUGUUGUUCCAGCUGGAGUGAAUGCUACUGAAUUGGAUGGAAAGCUUUUCACCUACACAGGCAUGAGGCCACUCGUUAUCUCUGAUCCACCAACAAAUUUCACAGUAACAAAAGCAACCAUGGCUGAAUUCCCUGCCCUUAAUGGACAAAGUGUGUCUUAUGCUGUUUUGCAGUACCCUGCAGGUUCAGUCAACCCUCCGCACACCCAUCCCCUAGCCGCGGAGCUUUUGUUUCUUACGUACGGGACCCUGGAAGUCGGGUUCGUUGACACUGCUAGCAAGCUCUUUACACAAAGGCAAGCUGGAGACAUGUUUGUGUUCCCUAAGGUAUUAGUGCACUAUCAGCUCAACUGCGAUGAGAAAGACUUUGCCAUUGCGAUAUCCGCCUUUGGUAGUGCAGCUGCUGGCACUGUCUCGGUUCCUUCUACUGUCUUCGUAACAGGCAUUGACGAUGAGAUCUUGGCAAAGUCUUUCAAAACCGAUGUUGCCACUAUUCAGAAACUCUAG